AUGCUUCAAACUCGACAAGCAGCAAGUAACACAAACAACCAUCAUUCGAAUGCACAAUCAUCCUCACCUUCAUCAUCAACCAUGAAGAAUAAAUCUUCGGACCAUACAUUGGUUCAAGAGGAUGAUUUAUCCAUGCUCGGAGUUUCUACAUUCACAACUGAAGAUAUUGAAAGAAAUGUGAUGGAUGAAAUGAAUAAGAAAAUUGAAGAAAACGAAAAACAAUUAGCAAAGAAGGAACAAAGUAAAAUUGAAUCUCUCAAAGCAAAAAUUGAAAAGUAUGAAAAAGAAUAUAAAGAAUUAAAUAGCAAAUCAAAUAUUACAAAACAAGAUGAAAGAAAGCUGAAAAGCCUAAAAAAGAAAAUCAAUGAUUUGAAAGAAAAAGAAGAACAACUUGAAGAUGAUUUAGAAGAUAGAAAGAAAGAAACCGAGUUGAGAAAAUCUUUGGCAGUUAUUGAUAACGAAGAAAAUGAAACAGAACGAGAACGGUUAAUUCGUACCGGAGUCAUCACUCCUUUUGAUAACGUUGCAUCAUCAUCAUCAACAGCCAUAACUCUCAACAGCACUGAAACUUUUGAACCCUCUCGCUCAUCAUCUCCUGAAUUGGCUCAACCAAGCAACAAACGAAAAGUAAUGCCGCCGGAUUCAAGCCUAAUUGAGAGAAGUAAAAAGAAGAUUAAACAGGAAGAGGAUGAUGAUGAAGACUAUGUUGAUGAAGAAUAUGAACAUGAAUUUGAGGAAGAGUAUGAUGAAUGCAUGGAGGAAGAAGAGAAAACUCCUCGUAAAAAGGAAUUCAAGCAUGAUGACAGUAAUGAUGAAUAUUAUGAACAGCGACUGUCUGAAUUUUAUAGCACACGCUCUUUUGUAACAAAAUUAGUGAUGAAUAGAAAUGGAGAACAAGAAGAGGUGAGCGUGGUUGAUUGGGGAGACUCAGUAUCCAUCACAAGAGAUUAUUGCAUUCCAAAUGAGGUUUACGACAAGCUUUUUGCCUAUCAGAAAACAGCAAUCAAGUGGAUGUGUGAACUUCGAGCUCAAGGGGUUGGUGGAAUCCUGGGAGAUGAAAUGGGUCUGGGAAAAACUGUACAAAUCGCUUCCUAUCUUGCUGGUCUCCAUUACAGUGGUCUUUUUAAGCCAUCGAUAAUUAUAUCUCCCGCAACUGUUAUGAAACAGUGGCAAGAAGAAUUGAACACGUGGUGGCCUCAGCUUCGGGUAUGCAUUCUCCACACGUCUUCAAGCUCAAAAGCCAACUUUGAAGAUUUGAUUGAGAAAGUGGCAUCUUGUCCUGAUGGUGUACUAAUAACAACAUAUGAAUCCUUGAGAAAUUAUCAAGAGAUUUUAAUUGAAAAAGAGUGGGGAUAUAUUAUACUGGAUGAAGGUCACAAAAUUCGUAAUCCAGAUGCUGCCAUUACUCUGGCCUGCAAAAAAUUUAACUCUCCCAAUAGGAUAAUUUUAACAGGCACACCAAUUCAAAAUAACUUGAAAGAGUUGUGGUCGCUAUUUGAUUUUUGCUAUCCUGGAAAAUUAGGCACUUUGCCAGUGUUUCUCUCGCAAUUUGCUGUUCCAAUAACCUUAGGAGGUUAUUCGAACGCAAGUAAAUUCCAAGUUCAAACAGCGUACAAGUGUUCCUGUGUUUUGAGAGAUUUAAUUAAACCCUAUUUAUUGAGACGAUUGAAAAAAGAUGUUAAACAUCAGCUACCUGAGAAGAAAGAAAAUGUAAUUUUUUGUAAAUUAACGGAUCAACAAGUUUUGGUAUACGACUCAUACCUGAAGAGUAGAGAAGUUAAGAAGACUUUGGAAGGAGAGCAUUUAUUAUUUAAGGCUAUAACUAAUUUAAGAAAAGUUUGUAAUCAUCCAGACUUAAUCUAUGAUGACAAAAGUAGUAUAGAAGAUUACGGACACAGGUCAAGAUCUGGAAAAAUGAUGGUCGUAGAAAAGCUACUGGCUCUAUGGAAGGAACAAAAUCACAGAGUGCUACUCUUUUCACAAAGUCGACAAAUGCUAGACAUUUUAGAGAAAUUCGUUCAAGAAAAAGAAUACACUUACUCCCGGAUGGAUGGUACUACUUCGGUUAAAGACAGAAAUCCACUCAUUAAUAAUUUCAAUAAGGACGACAGUAUUUUCAUAUUUUUGCUGACCACCAAAGUUGGUGGCUUGGGAGUUAACUUGAUUGGAGCCAAUCGAAUUAUUUUAUUUGAUCCAGAUUGGAAUCCAUCCACAGAUCUUCAAGCACUAGAGAGAGCAUGGCGGUUAGGUCAGAAAAAACAAGUGACCGUCUAUAGAUUAAUGACAAGUGGUACUAUUGAAGAAAAGAUGUAUCAUCGUCAAAUUUUCAAACAAUUUCUCUCAAAUAAGGUAUUGAAAGAUCCUAGACAGAAACGUCUCUUCAAAUCCAACGAUCUUUAUGAACUUUUCACUCUUGGAAAGGAGUAUGACAGUGUAAGAUUUAGUCGCAAAAAGAACAUCGACUUUGAUGAAGAGGAAAAUACAGAGACGGGAUCAAUAUUCAGCAAUAGUGAAAUUUUGAGACAGGAUGUCAAGUCUGACUCGUCUUCAUCAUCCAAUGAUUACAGGAUUGAAAAGUUUAAAGGAAAGCAAUCAAAUAAUGAAGAGGAAAACAAAGAAAGAGAUGAGACAUACAUCUUGCAAUGCCUUUUCGACGAGAAAUCUGUCAAGAGCGUAUUCAACCAUGAUUCUGUUCUAAACACCACACAAUCAGAAUUAUCCAUUGUGGAAAAACAAGCAAAACAAAUUGCGGAUUUAGCAAUGAAAGAAUUGCAAAAGUCGUCAGAGUUGAGAAAAAACGUUCCAGUUUCUGUUCCAACAUUCACUGGGCAGCAUGGAAUAGGAGGUUUAGCUCUACCUUCUUUUUCCAGCUCGAAAGGUCCAUUAGCUUCAUCUGUUGUUUUGGCUAACUUGAGAAAAAAGCAAGAAAUGACAAGCGACAAGCCAAGACUUGUAAACAAUGAGAAUGAGUUGGAUGAAGAGGUAAAACCCAUGUUAAAGACUUCCAACAAGAUGGCAGAAAAUUUGAUUGCCUUCUUCAAAAAGAAUAAUGGUCAAGCCUCUACUGAUGACAUUAGAAAACACUUCAGCUAUAUUGUGGGCGAUGAAGUCGUUUACUUUAAGGAAAUAUUGCAAAAACUGGCCCGAUUUAGCAAAUCAAAAAAGAUUUGGACGUUAAGAAAACCUUAA